AUGACCAUCCUGACUCCAGCAAGACUAGCUCAAUUGUCAUCAUUCCCUUUAUUGAAAAACUCAUGGUAUUUCAUUGCUGCUGCUACAUUAUCGGUCUGUAAUCAACCAAAAGAUGUUUCAUUAUUAGUUCAUUAUGCCCUAAGAGAAAAACAAAAUGAAUUGGGUGGUCAUGAUUCUGAUCCUGUCAAAUCAUUUGAAUAUGCUCAAUCUAGGAUAAAUCUUAUUAAAAGGUUAAAUAUCGAAGGUGAUCAAUCAACUAUAGCUAAAACAAAAGUGGAAAAUUUAUAUAAUAUUCAUGAAGAAACAAAUUUUAAAUCUCAAUUUAAUAUAGCUCAAUUAUCAAGAGAAUCUGUCCUCAAAAGUAUUGCAUUAGGUGGAAUUCCAAAAGCUAUAAACACCUUAAUGUAUUUAAAAACAACAACACCAACUGAAUUACAUGAAUUGAAAACAAAGAGAAAUUUUGAUAUUUCAAAUACUCAAUUUAUUAGAAAUCGUGGCCAGGAUUUUUGGAAUCAAGUUUAUGGUAAAGUUAGUACAAGAAUUAUAAAUCAAAUGGAAACUGCAUAUCCAGAUUUAUGGCAAUAUGCAAAAAAUCAUAUUUACUCACCAUUAUUAUCAUAUAAUGAUAUCUUGAAUGCUAAAGAAACAAGUUUUGUUAUAAUUGCAUGUUUGGUUCCUCAGGAUGUUAAUCCACAAUUGAAAGGUCAUCUAAAGGGGGCUUUAAAUAAUGGUGCUACCGAGGAGGAAGUUGAACAAGUUAGACAAUUGGCUAUUUUGGUUAGUGAAUGGAGUGGUAUAAAAUGGACUGAAGAAGUUGCUAAAUUAAAACCAAAAUCAAAACUGUGA